UGCUUGGUUUAUCAUUUACCCUCCAUUGCUCACCGAGGACGCUUCACAGUCGCGAGUGAGUUAAGCAGUUUAAUUUGUGUUCUUUUCAUCAGGAAUAUUCGUAAAUUCAACAAAUUCAACGGUACACAAUGAGAGAGUGUAUUUCAAUCCACGUUGGUCAGGCUGGUGUGCAGAUCGGCAAUGCUUGCUGGGAGUUGUACUGCCUGGAACACGGCAUCCAGCCUGAUGGUCACAUGCCUAGUGACAAGUCCGUCGGCGUCGGUGACGACUCGUUCAAUACGUUUUUCAGUGAGACUGGAGCCGGUAAACACGUGCCGCGUGCUGUAUUCGUGGAUCUUGAGCCCACCGUAGUAGAUGAGGUGCGUACAGGCAUGUACAGGCAGCUGUUCCACCCCGAGCAGCUGAUCACUGGCAAGGAGGACGCGGCCAAUAACUACGCCCGUGGUCACUACACGAUUGGACGGGAAAUAGUCGAUUUAGUGCUUGACCGCAUUCGCAAGCUAGCGGAUCAAUGUACCGGACUACAGGGCUUUCUAAUAUUUCACUCCUUCGGUGGUGGCACUGGCUCGGGGUUCGCAUCGCUAUUAAUGGAGAGACUUAGCGUUGACUAUGGAAAGAAGUCCAAACUAGAGUUUGCUGUGUAUCCAGCACCGCAGGUGGCAACGGCAGUGGUUGAACCGUACAACUCAAUCUUGACCACCCACACCACACUGGAACACUCUGACUGCGCCUUCAUGGUCGACAACGAGGCCAUCUAUGACAUCUGCCGCCGAAACCUCGACAUAGAGCGCCCAUCCUACACAAAUCUGAACCGUCUGAUCGGCCAAAUCGUUUCCUCCAUCACUGCUUCUCUCCGCUUUGACGGCGCCCUGAACGUGGACUUGACAGAAUUCCAGACCAACUUGGUGCCCUACCCACGUAUCCACUUCCCCCUGGCUACCUACGCUCCCGUCAUCUCCGCCGAGAAGGCCUACCACGAGCAGCUCUCCGUAGCCGAGAUCACUAACGCUUGCUUUGAGCCGGCAAACCAGAUGGUGAAGUGCGAUCCGAGGCAUGGCAAAUACAUGGCUUGUUGUAUGCUUUACCGAGGAGACGUGGUUCCAAAAGACGUGAAUGCCGCGAUUGCUACUAUCAAGACAAAGCGAUCAAUCCAGUUUGUCGAUUGGUGUCCGACUGGAUUCAAGGUGGGCAUCAACUAUCAGCCUCCCACAGCCGUCCCAGGUGGCGACCUGGCCAAGGUGCAGCGCGCCGUCUGCAUGCUUAGUAACACGACCGCCAUCGCCGAGGCCUGGGCGCGCCUUGACCACAAGUUUGAUCUGAUGUACGCCAAGAGAGCCUUCGUUCACUGGUACGUGGGCGAGGGUAUGGAGGAAGGCGAGUUCGCGGAGGCGAGGGAGGACCUGGCGGCGCUGGAGAAGGACUAUGAGGAGGUGGGCGUGGACUCCGCGGAGGGGGACGCCGAGCAGGACGACAAUGAGUACUAGACGACUGGGCGCCGCCUCACUUGAAGGCGCACACAGUGGAUAAAUAAAAACAUGAAUAUUGGCCUACGUUGUUAAUGUAACAUCAAUAAAGCAAUAAACGGUUAAUACAA